ACUCAGUUGCUGGUGUUCUGUCGUGUUGGCUGGCCGCCCACCGCUGCCCACCCGACAGCCCCCCAUGUGAGGGUUCUGAUGAGACUUUAAUCGCCCCAGGACUGGCUUGCUUUACUCCCUCUUCACUCCCCAGCGUCUCCUCCUUUCCUCUCUUCCUGUGUCGCUCUCCCAGUCCCUACGAGCCAGUGGGCGCCAUGCAAACUUUCCACCCCCACCCUCGAGUGCUAAGAAAAGAAGGCUCGGUUGACCAGUGAGACUCCCGCUCUUGAACUCUCCACCUAAUCAGCUGUUCUCGUGACUCUGCGGAACAAUCAGCUGGUGUCACCUCAUCCCGCGAAAGCCAAUUGGUGUUUAUUUUGUGUCCAUAACGACAGCAAUAACGACAAGGCUUCCACCACGGCUCUUUCUUUCCCUCCUCAAAGACAGACACACACAAUCGGUCGUGCAGCUCUUGAGACAAAACUAAGCGAAAGGUUACGUGACUGAACCAAACAAUUGAAACUAACUUGAAAUCAAAAGUUUAAGGAAAGGAGAAAAAACUCCGAACUUUAAAAGAAAACUAUUGAAAAGCUAUCUCUCAUUUUUUUUUUUCUGACAACUGUGAGGGAGAGAUUGGUCCCGGCGUCACCCUCGACACGCCCUUGGCAGUGGCAGUUCGAAGUGAGUCUUGUAAUACAGAAAACAAAACACUGUACUUGACGUCACCUCUAAACAUCGUAUCUGACUCCAACAACAAGAACAACAAGUGAAGGUUCCUGUGGUGUCUCAAGUCCUACUCGAAGUGCUUCUCCUGGACGCUGAGUUGGCUGCUUCGAUCGCUUCUUUAGCUUGACACGCUGAGCCAACAGGAUCGAGCCCCGCGUAGCUUCACACGUUGCCGGGCUGUUGUCGGCGUCAUCAUCACCACCAGGAGAGAAGAGAGAAGAGCGGAUGCUGCGAGGUAUCAUCACCCACCUUCCUGCUCCUCGUUUUGAAGGUGGAAGAAAACGCGACGAGUGAGAAGAUGGGAAGAGAGGAUGACAUAGACCACUCUCUGUACCUCACUGCCUUCCUCGCCGCCGCCCCCCCCUCGGCUUCCACGGUGCUCGGCGGAGGCUCGGCCAAUGAGCGAUGAGCUGCACAGAGCACACACACGCACCGCUGACUAUGUGUGCUGAGCCUUGUGUGCUGUGCCCGGGCGACCUCUGUGUUGCUGCUUGAAGAAACACACCCUCACGCACCCACCCACACCCCCAACACUGAACACACACACGAACACACCGUCACGCACACGCCAAGGCCUCCUCUUGUUUUUUUCCUUGUCGCUUUCAGACGCCCAGUUCAAGUUCUCUUCUCGACUGCUGAAGAACUUUUUGAUGUGCAGUCUUGUUCCCGGAGUUCUUAAGAGUGCGUGAAUUAGUUCCUCUCUCUCUGGAAAUAAUAAUAAGAGAAAAAAAAAACUACCAAAAAACGACACUAAAAGUUAACUCAAAACAGUGAUAUGUAAAGUUCAAGAGUCACUUCAUUUGUACACGUGAACAAAGUUACAUUCUACCUCCGAUGACCUUAAUUUUUUGUAACCUUUGACCUCCCAGACACACCCCGCGUUGUUGACCCUGCUGGCCAGGUCAACAGUUGACCCUUGACCUCGUGGUGCUUGACCCCCACCGGUUGUUGUUAUUGUUAUAAGACGUCACUGGACAUUCGAGUGCGUGGCUUCGGCAAUAAUAAUAAUAAUAAUAAUAAUAAUAAUAAUAAUAAUAAUAAUAUAAACCAAGGUGAUGCUUAAAUUGUAAUCACAGGAACACAAACAAAAUAUUAAUAACCCACCAUUAUAAUAUAUAGUUUUAUUGUGUGAAUUUUUAUAUAUAUCUAUACAUACACAUUGUUGACGGUUUGUUUUGUAUACACGCUCUUCUUUUGUGACCGACCGAGUUUUUGUGUAUUUUUGGACGCUAUAAAUACUACUAUAUAUACCACGACAUUUGCUCAGGUUUUGUACUGGUGUGCGUGCGUGUAAGGGCGUGACAAGGCGUGGCUGGCGAGGACCACGGAGGGAUAUUCUGCCUUUCAAUAAAUCUCAACAGUGUAGGUGGCCGAGUGCUGCUGCCGCGCCCACCCCCGCGUGUCGGCGCCUCCCCAGCACCCAAACACAAGCCCUUCGUCACUACCCACGACCCUGAGACUCCAGAUUGCCUAUAGUGCAUCUGACCCGUUGUUGAACUGCCACAUCCAAUCAUUAGGUUAUAAGACUCUGAAUCUGACUCUUUUGAACUGUUACCUCGGACUCGACGACUCGUAAGGGGUCAACCCUCACUGACGUCAUCACAGGAGCAAUCAGUGUAUGACGUCACUAUCCGCCUAGCAAUUCACAAGCUGUUAUUCCUGUGACGCCGCAACUAAGGUAACCAAUAUUGAACUGGUCUCGUCUGACGUCACAGCUUGCCUACCCAAUCACAGCACAGACUCAAUCUUACCUGACCUUACAGCUAACCCAAGCGAGUGAGUUGUGCAUAGGUCACGUGAUAACUUCCCAGGUAUUGUCGGACUACUUUACCUGUGUUACCUGUUUUGUCUCACCUCUAAGGACUGCUAACUACCUUGCUAAUCGACUCCAUUUGUAUAUAGAAGCGUUGAACAAUCAAAACCUAUCAGAACUGCCCCUUAGGAGGAUUUAACCAACCAAAGACUCUUCCCAGUGCCGAUUUUUAGCAACGUUUUGGAGGAAUCGCGUUCACUGAGGAGGCGAAUUAAGUUUUUAAAAGCCGGAUAAGAGUUUCACAUUUUUUUCACACUAAAGGAGAUACACGCUCUUGGUUGCUCCUCAGGUUCUUGCUCUUUCCCUCUUCACCUCGGAGCAACUCAGCGGAAAGUGAAAGAGAGCAAGAGAAGGAGAAGGAGAGGAACCGGAGCCGAGGAGAGACGUAACAGGAAAUGAAUGCAGACCCGGAGCGAAUUUUAUAUUCCGAAAUGAUGAAUGAAAGAUGCCAAAACUAGGUGCGUAAGGGCCACUAGAAAAAGGAAGGAGGAAAGGAAGUUAAUCAAAGAAAGUCGCAUUUAUUUUUUUUAUCCUGAAGGAGUGCAAGGACUGUUAGGAAAUAUAUUAAAAACUGAGAGAGAGAGAGAGAGAGAGAGAGAGAGAGACUAACAUAACACAGUAGGACAAAUAAACACAAACAGGAAGCACAGAACGCAGCAGAAAAUACACACACAAAAAAACAAGAAGAAAAAACAAGAAUCCUCAUUUAAGAAGAAAAAAAAGGCAAGGCAAGAAAAAAGAAAAGAGGAAAAAAAAUAUAAAGAAGACAACCUCGAGCCAAGAGUUACUGAAUCAAAACGAAACAAAAGAAAAAAAAAGUAAUUAAGAGCAAGGAAGAAAGAAAGCGCUAGAACACACAAUACAAAGAGAGAAAAAAAUAAUAUAAAGAAGAAAAAAUAAAAAGUUGUUUAGAAAGAAAGAAAACGGUAUCAAAACGGUAAACUUGAAAGGAGAGGAAAAUAGACAGGAACUGCGCAGAGAAAGAGAGGCAUAAAGAAAACGAGCAAAAGGGGAGGAUAAAGAAAUAUAAAAAAAGGGAGAAAGAAAAAACAAACGAAUAAGUGGAGUACACAAAAGCAACACCAGCAAACAAACACACAAAUAAAAAAAAAGAAAAUAAACACAAAUAUAAAAAAAAAAAACAUUGUAAAAGGAAAUUGAAGAAAGAAGAAAAAAAGAAAAAAAUAGUCGAAGAGAAGGAAAGUUAAAUAAUACAAAAGAAAAUAAAGAAAACGCAGGAAAACAAGAAUUAAAUAACAACAAUAAAAAAAUAAUACCAAGGGAAACAAACAAACAAUAUAAUCGAAAAAAAAUAACGAAAAAACAAACGAAAGGAAAAACAAAAAAAGAAAAACAAGACAAACUAAAAAAAUAAGAAAAAAAAACCCUGAAAACAAACAGGUCACGUGGUAUCCUUCGUCGUCUUCGCUUUGAUAUCCUUCGCCUCGUAACCCAGCAAGAGGAACCUUCAGGAUGGCUACCCGACCGGCCCGCCCCCUGCCCGUGCCCCCCGUGGUACCGCAGGACUCCCGUAGGAUGAUAGGGGUCCUCAGCUUGGUGAUGAGGACCCUGAACUUCCCCUUCCCCCCUGAGGCUGACGAUGGAGACGAGGUGACGCUCAUGUACGCCAAGCACGAGAAGGUGCCCAUGAAGGACUUCGGGUCGGAGGUCCGCGCCUCCAUGGACAUCGCGCACUUCCUGUCGCAGGCGACGCUGGUGCUGGACGUGGCUGAGACCUCUCUGGAGGGCAUCUGUGACCUGCUGCUGACCAAGCUGCUGGAGCAGGACGAGCCGCUCUGCUCCGUCGCCGAGGCCAAGUCCAUCCUCUUCACCCACGACACCUCCGGAUCAAAUGAGAAGGACAGUUUGGCAAAAGUACACCUUCUGGCCCGGACAAUUCAGGGCACGGCCACCUCGGAAAAUGGAAGCUUCGAUUACGACCAGUCUUGGAUAUGUGCACUCGGGAACUUGCCAUCUCUACAAAGACGCCACGUUGCCAUCGCCCGCCUCAAGCAGCCCGCCAACAUGGGCAGAACCAGCAAGCAAGUCAAGCUGUUCAUUUUGGUCCUGUGUCCGAGCAAAGAGAAAGGCACCAAGAACUCGCUGGAGACGGGCCGCACCUUCGCCACAAUCUUCGCCGACAUGGACUUCCGACAGAGGCUUCUCGAGGCCACCAACGAGGAGGAGUUCAAAAGACUCAUCAUCAAGCACUCGCAGGAGCUCGCCGAAGAACAGCAAGUCACCAACGACAAGAGAAUCGAAAUGAACCACGAGAGAGUAGAGGAGUUCGAAUAUCAGGAGAAGCGGUGUUCCUUCGCCCGGGGACUAAGAGAGGACCUGGAGAGGCGGCUGCCACACUACCUCUCGGACUACAAGGAUGGGGUGGUGGGGCACAAGACCCUCCAGAAGGUUAUAUCCACCACCUUCUUCCUCUACUUCGCCUGCAUCCUCCCGGCCAUCGCGUUUGGUGUCCUCAACGACCACAACACCCACGGCAGGAUAGACGUCAAGAAGGUCAUCAUAGGUCAGGUCAUCGGGGGGGUCUUCUGGGGAGUGUUCUCGGGUCAGCCUCUCCUCAUUCAGCUCACUACAGCUCCUCUUGCUAUAUAUAUAAAAAUUAUUUUCUACAUAUGUAAUGACUUCAAGCUGGACUUCCAUGCCAUGUACUGUGCGGUGGGGCUCUGGAACAGCUUUUUCCUGGUCAUGUACUCGCUGUUCGAUGUCUCCCGGCUCAUGCGGUGGUCAACGCGGUCCACCGAGGAGAUAUUCGCCCUCUUCAUCUCCAUUGCCUUCUGCAACGAUGCAUUCACAGCUGUCAGAAAAAACUUCGACGCUAACUACUACAGUCCUUCGUGUCAGAAAGGGGCCAACACUUCCUUCGUUGCUGCUGUUUCUCCAUCGAUUUAUGCAGCCACGGGAAACCAGUCAGAACCGUUCAUCUCCUAUACUUCCACCAGCCACGGGGAGGUCGAGGAGGGUAAUGUCACAUUCACGCUGGUCCAGGAACUCUGCACUCGGGAGAACUCCAUCCUCUACCUCCUCCUCAUGUUUGGCACCCUCUGGCUCGGCGUUAUGCUCUACAACUUCAACAAGACGCCGUACCUCAAUGCAAACAAGCGUGAGGCCUUGGCUGACUACGCCCUGCCCGUAGCCGUCAUCGUCCUCUCCUUCAUCGGGUCUUAUGUGUUCCGCGACGUCAAGCUGGAGCACUUCAGGUACGACAACAGCUAUGACAUGUUCCAGCUGCCGCCGCUGGAUGCCUUACCCAUACCAGCCGUGUUUGCCACCAUGGGCCUUGGCUUCUCCCUCUCCAUGCUCUUCUUCAUGGAUCAGAACAUAGGGUCAGCCAUGGUCAAUAACCCCUGCAAUAAGUUGAAAAAAGGGCCGGCCUACCACCUGGACCUGCUGGUGGUGGCCUUCAUGAAUGGGUUCCUCUCAGUGUUCUGCCUCCCCUGGAUGCACGCCUGCCUCCCACACUCCCCUCUACAUGUACGCUCUUUGGCGGACGUGGAAGAGAGGGUGGAACAGGGACACGUGUAUGAAAUAAUUGUCAAAGUGAGAGAGACACGUCUCACAGGACUUUUCUCCAACAUCCUGAUCGGACUCUCCAUCUUCCUGCUACCAUACCCCCUCGCCUACAUCCCGACAGCGGUGCUGGACGGACUGUUCCUCUACAUGGCUGUCACUGCCCUCAACGGAAACCAGAUGUUUGAGCGGAUCACGCUCCUUUUUAUGGAGCAGGCUGCCUAUCCACCCAACCACUACAUCAGAAGGGUUCCUCAGCGCAAAAUCCACAAGUUCACAGGUCUGCAGGUGGUACAGCUGUUGGUGAUGUGUUCGCUGGGCUUUGCUCCAUGGCCGUACCUCAAGAUGAUGUUCCCUGUUGCUCUCUUGCUGCUUCUACCCAUAAGACACAAAUUGGUCCCAAUGGUGAUAGAGGACAAAUACUUGGCAGCCUUGGACGGGGAGCACCAAUAAACCAUUUGCUGCUUGCCUCCCAAGACCUGCAACAGAACCUGAUGCGACAGACAUGGGUUGUGCAAGACUGAAAGAAUCCCAAAAACUCUUAAAAAUGAAAACUGGCAACCGCAUGCCUGUGAAGGAAAUUCCAGACAUGCAUCAAUGGUAAUGAGAGGGGCGAUGCAGGGGAAGCGAUGCUGCUCCCCCCCGUGUCCCCACCCAACGCAUGUUUGUUGACUGUAGGGAAGACCGCACCACGUGUUUCUUCAGCAAAGGACUGGCUUUCCUUCCGCAUGAGUCUUGCCCUCACCCCCCCGUGAUUCCACCUCAUGCCAGGAAGUGAAAAGUGGCAACAAGGAAAAUAAAAUCUGGAGGAAUUCAUGUUGUGGUGUGAUCAGGAAACAAUCAAAAAGUCAAUAUUGGGAAGCAAUUCAAAAGAUUCCCAAUAUCUACUCACUCACUCACUCACUACCAAGGGGUUUUAUAUUGAUGCAUACAGGCUCGUGUGUGGCAGCAACCCCCUACCACCACCUCCACCACCACCACCACCACCAUUCCUUCUUCCCUUCCCUUGCCUCUACCUUUCCCCUUCCUCAACAUUAGCAAGAACACCUGUGCUCCCUUCCACCACCGUCAACCACAUUCCUUUUCCAACAUCUCUUUUCCCUCCUUUGCUCUCCCAAAAUGUAUAAAAUGCUAAAAAAGAAAGCCAGAUUAGCUCAAAUUUUAAGCACUACACAACCCCAGACUGUGUACUCAACAGUCGCCACUGCAACCACAUACAUAAUUCUUAAAUGAUCAGUACUCAUGCUCCACCGCCCUUGCUCCCAUCCCCUCUCCCCUCUCCCCUCAACCCCCAAGAGCGCAAUCACUGUAGUGAGGAGUAAGUACGAUGUAAACAGUAGUCCCGGAGUCUACUUAGCUCACUCUAGCGCAUAAUCAAGUUUGUACACCAAGCAUUAAUUAACUAAACUAACCAACUCAAUAGUCUGUUUUACCUAGUUGACUAAGGUUUUUCCCGGGACAACUCUUUGGUGUGUCACUUGUUGUUGUGGGAUCAGUUCAGGAAUGCAUGGGGCACCAAGUUGAUAUAUGCAAAAAAAUUAUAUACAUAUAUAUAUAUAUAUAUAUAUAUAUAUAUAUAUAUAUAUAUAUAUAUAUAUAUAUAUAUACAUAUAUAUAUAUAUAUAUAUAUAUAAAAUGAUACAGUCUUUGAACACACUACACGCACACUCUCACAUGCACAAGCACGCACACCUACACAUGUACACGCAGGCACAUGUGAGGCCAGCCCCUAGGCCACCCCCCCACCCACACACCCAACCAUUCAUGGAUGCAAGAGGCCUCGCUUCCGACAUCCUUAAGUUUAAGCAGCUUAAAAAUAUGUUGCACUUUCAGCCUACCUUUCAGUCAGACCUUUUUUUCUUUACCCUUAUUCAUACCAGAUAUAAGUUUUCCUCAAUUUUUUUGUUUCAAUUUAAUACAGACUACUGUCAUUUAUGCCAUACCAACUUUCCUUUUGUUUUUUAAUUGCAUAUCCCACUACAAUAACAGUAGUUUCUUUGACCUGUGUUCCCCUUCCUCCCCUUCCCGCCACCCUCCAUGUUUGGGAGAAUGAUGCUCUGUCCCUUCCCUCCGCCGCCCCAACCACUAUGCAGGUGUGCUACAGGUGUGAGGGCCAGGCGUAGGGGCCAGCCUCACCCCCAGUGUUGUUACCGGGCGUUGAAUGGCCCGACAAUAAUGUCAAUAACUGUGUGUACAAACCGCGUCUCUAAUACUCCAGAGUCUAGUUUUCAUAGCCAGUGUUGAAUUAUAUCAUAGCUAAUAUUAUGAUAGAACAUUAUACUGUAUAUUUGAUAAAUAGCCUCUAGGUUUGUGAUUUCACAGACUUGGUUAUGAGCGGCAGCGUUGAUGUGGCUAGGUGUGUGUACGUAUGUUUGUGUGUGGGUAUGUAUGUGUGUAGGUGCAUGUAUAUCUAUGUGAUUCUCCUUUUAUUUACUAAUUCUUAUCAUCUUCAUUGAAGAUACUAAUGAUGUUUUCCUCUUCACCUGUGUAUUCUCCUAAAACAUUUUUUCUUUCCUAUUGUAAUUUUCCUCAACUAUAAAAAAUGAUAAAGACGACAGAAAUGUUGCAAGUGAUAGCAAAAUGCUAUGCAACUUUGUUAAAGGGUGUGGGUGUGGGAGAGAGAGAGAGAGAGAGAGAGAGAGAGAGAGAGAGAGAGAGAGAGAGAGAGACUAAAAGAGAGCGAGAGCAAGAGAGAGACUAAAAGAGAGUGAGAGCAAGAGAGACUAAAAGAGAGUGAGAGCAAGAGAGACUAAAAGAGAGCGAGAACGAGAGAGACUGAAAGAGAGAGAUUGAAAGAUAGAGCGAGAGCAAGACUGAAAGAGAGAGAGAAAGAGAGAAAGAAAGAGAGAAAGAGAGAGAGAGAGAGAGAGAGAGAGAGAGAGAGAGAGAUAUGCUUCUGUUCCUUCUGGCUCCCUGAUGUCAUUGCAACUUGACUAUUAUUUCCCCAACACUGUAAACUAGUCAGGCAGGUUCCUGGACUAGCUACAACAGAACCACCACCACCACCACCACCACCCUAAUACCAACCAUGACACCCACAACCACCCCCAUAACCAACCACAACAAACUAUAUUAGUGUCAACUUCUUCACCACAGUAUGAACAACAUGUUAACCCAUACAAACACCUUAACUCUCAUUUCUUUAUUAUUUUUUCUUCUCCUCCUUCUCGUCUUUCUCUUUCUCUCUGUCCCAAUAUAUAUCAUAAGAGCAAGCUUUGUUCUUUUAUAUCAAACACACACACACACACACACACACACACACACACACACACACACACACACACACACACACACACACACACACACAGGUAAGUUCCAAGCUUAUUCAGGGAGUGGAGAGUGCGAGUUCAGAGCACGAUCAGACCAUGGUGAAUGACGCACACACAAACACACAUUUGCAGACCAUUGUUAUUUUCAUUACAAUAACACAGCAGGACCCAAACAUGCUCUUCUCAGGGUGAGGGACAGAGGCAGCAGGAAAUGUGUGUGUGAGUGUGUGUGUUUACUUAUGCGUGUGUUUGUGAGUGUGUGUGUGUGUGUGUGUGUGUGUGUGUGUGUGUGUGUGUGUGUGUGUGUGUGUGUGUGUGUGUUGCACCUAGCUACCUUAACCUGCCAUCCUGGAGUGCAUCCUCAAAAGAAACUAAAAUGAAGCAUAGUAACGGUACUGUAAUGUAGUCAAACAAUGCAUUUGUGAGUUAAAAUAUGCAGUCGUAAUGCAGGGCCACACCCAGGGUUAAGCCUCAUUACUUUUUUCAGUGUUAAAUUGACAAUUGUUAUCAACCUGGAACUGGAAAAAGGUCAGGGAACUCCAAAUAGUUUUCAUCAAAUGUCUUAAAAACCUACCGGACAGCACCUCAACUUGUUAAGUGUAUUCACAAAUGCAUCAGAUCCAAUAUUAAAUGUUGUGUACUUAAACUUCAUCCCAAGAUAAGAGGACAAAACACUUUAAUGUAGAAUGCAACCAGGACUUAGCUCACAUUCAUAGUUUACCUUCCUAUUAUUUCCACCCUUCCCUUCACAUUGUCAAUAUUGUUACUAAGAGGCAAAGAUUUAUGAAUAUAUAUGCAUACUGUAACCCCCACACAAACCUGGCAGGGAUAUGCAGUUGUAUGUGGAGUAUUGUUUGUCCUUGGCCUUUCCCUUCCCUCCUCCACAGCAUAUGAAUACCCAAACACUCCCCUCCCUCCCCCUUCCCUGGCUCCAGUUUGUGUGGGGGCUCAUGCUGUCGUGGCACAGGAAAAUAAUGCAAUUAGGGAUUUGCUAAGAGUUGGUGAUUGCAAGCAGUCUCUCCUCCUGUCCAGCUUCUCAGAGGAAGAAGUAACUUAACUGUUGUUGUUGUUGUUGUUACUGUUUUGUUCUCUAGCUGCUGCAAGUUUAAAAAUGAGAUUAGUUGUGUGUCUUCACUGCCAAGACACAAGUACAGUCUUUUAGGUCCAAGCAAAGAGUCAGUUCUCAUAAGGUAGUGUUCACUUCAGCCUUAUUUGCACCAUUUGCCCUUCAUUUUUAAAUAUUCCUUCACAGAUCUAUAAUGUAAGACCCACCACCUUGGAACAUGUUCUCGCCCUUCACAGGUGACACGUUCCAUAGAGAUACACUUGCCUGUAAUCUGCUGAAACUGAUCAAACAUUAAAUUUGGGAUUUAUUAUAGGGGGUAACACAGGGUAUGUAUGUCACUCCCGUGGCAUGUAUGGAAUAAUGUCCUCCCUUACUCUGAAUAAAUUCCUCCUCCUCAUUCUGUUCCCUUCAGUUAUUAAUAAACUGUGAAUGCUUGUUGACGAGGACUCUGCUGGGCCGGGUGUCGAGUUGUGUCGGGGCGUCUGUGGGAUGUGAUGACAGUGUGGGUGGUGUGGUGACGCAUCAGACUGAUAUAAGGAAAGCGAAAAACGUGUGUACAUAGUAUAUCAAAAGACUAGCAUGCAGUUGCUCAGGUGUUUUGAAAAGCAUUUGUCGUCUUCAGUAUAAUUAUCAAAGUUCAUCAUGUAAUUUCUGACUUUCUUUUCAAUAAGUAAUCAAUUAGGAUAAAAAAAUGCAUUGUCUGUACCACAUUUAUUGCUCAAGGCAAUCAAAAACAUAUGUAUUGUUAAUCAAAAUGAAUUAUUCCAUAGGGCCAUCGUGGGCAGUGUGUGUUUGCCCUGAUACCAUGGAUUUUACGACAAUAAUAUUUGACAGGUGACAUGGUAGCUGUUACUUCUUGUUUUCUCUGAUUGUUAGCAACACCUAAAUGAAACUAAUUAUGUGUCUUUCAUUGGGAAAAAUACUGAUACUUUGCUCAUUGAACUUUUAUCAAAAUUACACUCUUUAUUCUUCACCUGUGAUUGAUCGUAGAUGUCACGUUCCAAACUCGUACACACAAAUCAGAAUCUGAAUCAAAAUGGUCAGCAUAGUCUUAUUUAGGAUGGUUACCUUUAAAAUGUAAUUACUGUGAAUUACAAAUCAAAUGGUAAUGCUCAAACUGCUAUGUCUAAUAAUACUGAUAAUACUAAUCCAUAAUGUAAUAUUCUCCUGUUUGUUAAAGAAUUAUGUAUAGUAUAAUGAAGCUGUUGGAGCAUUGCAAAUUUUAGCCACAAAUUAUUUUUAUUACAUAGAGUUGUUUAUGUUACUGUUGGUUUUAGGAGAGCAGUGUCUGCUUGAAGUAUAUUAUGAAAAAGACAUGUAGUGUGUAGGUUAGGUUAGAGUUAAAUGUCAUUACUUUGAUUCAGCAAGUCCAUAAUUUAGGCUGUUUCUUUGGCUUUCACAUUUACCCACAUUUUUUGCACAAAUUAUAGCCAAAAAUAUUCCCCCAAAUAAAACGUUAUUUGCCAAUGAAAGAUGUGUCAAUGGGAGAUAAUUUUUGGUCAUAAUUAUGAAAAAUAACUACUACCAUAACUACUAUAAAUGGCUUACAUUGAGGGCUUGCUGCAGUAUUUUAAAGAGAAUAGCCUGCAUAUAUAUAUUUUUUUUGAGACAAGAAGCCUUUAUGAGGAGAGGCUGCCUGGCCCUGCCCUUAGCAACCCUUAGAAGCCACUAUUAAUUGUUGCCAUUCUUUUAUUUACAAUGAUAAUCCAUACCUUUUAAUUUCAGAUAUUAAUUUUUCCUGAAUAUGUAUCCUUAUUACCAUUAUUUUACAAUUACUUAUGUAGUGUAGCUAGUUAUUACUGUUACUUGUAUGAUAAUUACUUUUAUCAUAAUUACUAAACAUGACUAUUGUUAUUAAAGUAUAUUGUUCUUAUGUACAAAGUGUAAAAUAAAAGUUUUACACGAA